AUGCAACCUGAAAAACGAAAAACGAUCAAGUCGUUUUUUCUACCAGAUAAUAAAAAAACACGUAAUGAAGAGCAACAGGAGACAGCUGUUGUUGAUCCACCAUCUUCAUCACAGAAUCCUUGUUCUGAUUCUCUUGAUCAAACUCAUUCUGCUUCUUCUUCUUUAACGGAGGAAACAACAGAUAUAACAGCUGUAUCACAAAAUUUUGGAAAUAAAUCUAUGCCAGAAGAUAUUAGUAAAUCUUGUAAUGAUCAUCCUAGGCAACCAAAACUCAGCUCGUAUCCAUCAAACUUCCAAAACCGUUCUUUUCAAUCAAGUUGGUUCGUGAAUAGAAAUUGGUUAGAAUAUUCUGUGAAAAAUGAUCGUAUUUAUUGUUUCAAUUGUCGACAUUUUCGCUCAUAUAAAACAAAUAUUGGUGAUGCCUUUACUACUUGUGGUUAUAAUAAUUGGAAACGUGCAUUAGAAAGUGGAAGUGGUUUGCAUAAACAUGAACAAUCUCAAGCACAUGUUAUUACUACUAAAAACCUUGAAUCAUUUAAAUUACGUCAACAAUUACAAUUAAGUGUUAUAAAUUCAUUAGACAAUAGCAGAAGCAUAUUGGUGCGACGUAAUCGUGAUCGUUUAAUCAAAAUUUCUUCAACACUACUUUUAUUAGCUAGACAAAUGAUUGCUUUUCGAGGACAUCAAGAAAAUGAAAAGUAA